GAUCAUUCAGCUGUCUGUCGCCUUUCUUUGGUGGGUUGUCGAGCUGAAGCUUGGACUUCCCGAGGCACCGAACCGAUCUUACAUCUACUGUGAUCUUCCACAUACUUUUGAGCUCAACUGUCACCAAUUGCAAUUCUAAACAAACACAUUUGGCUCUCUUUUCAGCUUACUUCACAACAAAUCUCAAAAUGUCUUCAGACCUGUCCAUCCCCUCCUUCGUCCUGGGCGCAUUGACUGCCGGCGGCGGCAUCGCCGGCUACGCCCGUACUGGCUCCCUGCCGUCCAUCAUUGCUGGCGUCAGCGUCGGUCUUCUUUACGGCCUCGGCGGCUACCGCAUCCAGAACCGCGAGUCUUUCGGCGUCGAGCUCAGUCUCCUCGCCUCGGCCGUCCUUGGUGGCUCCUCUAUCCCCCGCGCCAUCCGCCUCCGCAAGCCCGUGCCCAUCCUGCUCAGCGUCCUGUCCGUCUUUGGCCUGUUCACCUUUGGCAGCGAGUUCCGUCGCACCUUGUAAAGGGUGACUGGGUGUUGAAAGGUGGGGGCGACUGUGCGACUCUUUGGCGAGAUGUACGUUACUGUAGCAUCAGCCUAAUACAGGACAAAAGAAUUUGACCAAAUUUGAAAAAAAGUGAUGUUUUGUCUUUCCGCGUAUGCCGGGCGCCGAUUCGAUUGCCCCAUGAUAUGGUACAUUAUCCGCCGUUGCCUCGUAGGGCGCCUCCCCCAGCCAACUGAAUCGCUUGUACAUGUCUUUCCUUAAAAUCCUGUUUCCCGUCCUCGUCGUCUUCCGAGUUUGAUAAAGCUGUGAGUGUUCGUGGUAUUAAUACAAUGUCGAGUCGACGCCCCCGUCGCAUUGGAUGCGACUUU